AUGUCUUCGCCAUUGACUGAAGAUCUGUGCUUUUCGCCCGACGAUUACGAUGACAACCCGGAUCAAGAGGAUGAGGAUGGAGGACCCAACCACAAGAAGCGCAAGCAAGUCAAGCGUGCCUGCUUCAGCUGCCGCAAGGCCCAUGCCCGAUGUGACGAAGAGCGCCCCUGCCGUCGAUGCAUCCGCACAGGCUGCGAGUCCACAUGCGUCGAUGUGCCGCGCAAGAAGCGUGUUCUCAAGAAGCCCGCCAAGAUGGAGACUGUCGGCCUCAAGCGCGGCCGGAGGAGGCGACUCGACGAGAGCGGGGAGGGCUGCGAGAGCGGCGGCGAGAGCGAUUCCAAGAACUUCUACUUCGACGUCGCCGAAGAUGAGGUGCUCGAGGGCGGCAGCGUAGCGGGCAAGACCACCCCGUUGUCCGCCAGCAGUUCAUCAUCUUCGACCUCCACCUCCUCGACCUCCAGCAGCUCGUUGACCACGGUCAAGAAGUUCGACUUCACCUCCAUCGCCAUCAACACCACCGAGGACCUCAAGCUCUCGUGGAAGGACUCGCUGCUCGACUCGAUGACCUUUGCCCACACCGACGACGCCGAGGCCAAGGAGUCCGCCGCAGGCGACAAGGAAGAAGAGGCCGACUUCUGCUUCGACCUGGGCAAGUCGAGCGACGACGAGCGGUGCCUCGAGGAGAUACCACAGGAGAUGGUCAGAGAACUGACCGAGCUGCGCUCCUACAACUCUACGCUCCAGGACAUGAUCAAGGACGUCCAGCAGUUCAACUCCUACCAGAGGAAGAAGCGUCGCCAGUGGGAGCUCAGCAAGAUCAACAACGGCACCAGCGCCUCCACCACCCCCGGUUCGGGUGCGCUCGCCGCCACCGCCGCCCCCAGCGACGCCCUGCCCCAGUGGCUCGUGAGCGACUUCUCCAGCCUCUCCAACAAGCUCGUCGACCUUUCGUCCGACCCGACUCACGCCUCUUCCACUUCAUCAUCGUCGUCGAUCUCCUCCUCGGCCGGCUCGGCCGGUGGCGCCGCUCACCACGGCCACGGCGGCCGCUCUGCCGGCGACGAGGGCGAGAUGGACUACCUCGGCGCCUGGCAGCAGUCGAUGGCCAACCACGGCGCCCCGCUCCAGCUGCCGACGCAGCUCGCGCUCCUCGCGGGCCACCACUCGAUGCUGCAGCUCCCGGGUCAGCUGACGACCCAGCAGCAGGCCCAGCCUCAGCAGCAGGUCCAGCAGCCCCUCGCGGCCAACAACGCGGCGGCCAACGCGCCCCAGAGCGGGCCUGCUCCCUUCACCACGUCGCUGCCCUUCACCGAAGUCUGA